ACUGAAGUCUAGUACAGCUGUAGUAGUGAACUGAGUUUGACUUCAGUCUUCAGAGUUCAUUCAGGCUCCGUCAGCCAGCUUGCUUCCGCAACUCUGGUGCCCGCGUGCUCUUCCAUCGCAGCUAGCUCUGUUUGGAAUGCCUUCUUAGCGUUGUUCGGAGCGUGGCGAAGGUGUCUUCCAGCACUGCCUUCCCGUCAUUUCUCGACCUAAGAACCUGCAUGGAUUUCGAGUAUUCGCCAUGAAGCCUGAGCCGAAGAAAUCAGUACCAUCGUCUUCUGACUGUGUAAGCAUGCCACGCGAAGAGGAAGAGGAGCAGGAGGAUGCCAAUGAUUACUGCAAGGGUGGAUACCACGCAGUUCGAAUUGGUGACUUGUAUAACGACAGAUACAUCAUUAUUCGCAAGCUUGGCUGGGGUCAUUUCUCGACAGUUUGGUUGGCUUGGGAUGUCAAGUGUAAGCGUCAUGUAGCACUGAAGGUAGUAAAGAGCUCCAGGCACUACACUGAGACGGCCCUUGAUGAGAUCAAACUGUUAGAAAAGGUGUCGAAGUGUGAGUCUGGCAAUGAAGGAAAGAACUAUGUGCUGCAGAUAUAUGAUCACUUCAACAUCCCUGGCCCCAAUGGCCUUCAUGUCUGCAUGGUGUUUGAAGUUCUUGGGCAUAAUCUACUCAAGUUGAUUGUGCGUAACAAUUAUGAAGGUAUCAAUCUGGUGUGUGUCAAGCGCAUCAUCAAGCAGGUUCUGCUGGGUUUGGACUGUCUGCAUCGCCAGUGCCAGAUCAUCCACACUGACAUCAAGCCGGAAAAUGUUCUUGUCUGCGUCAACGAUGAGCAUGUGCGACGACUAGCUGCCUUGCCAACGGAUAGCUGUGGUGCUGUGAGUACCGUUACUUAUUUGGACAUGAAGCGAACAGCGCUGAAGAAACGGCACCCGAAGGUCCCUCCGCCGCAAUCGCCGAAGAAGCAGCCGCAGUCUGUUAUGGACACGAGAGACACGGCUGCACCGGGCUGUGCGAUUCACCUGGUGCGGUUAGCACCAACGUCUGAUCAGCUACGCCAGGUCGUGUGCCAGAACAUUGCUGAACAGCGGCGCCUGCAUCAUCGCCUCUCAACGGGACAGCUGACAAAAGCAGAGGUAUCCGAUGUCUCUGACGAGCUGGUGCGCUUGCAACUGCAGCAGACUGACCUGGAAACACGCCUGCAGGGCAUGGGCUCGCCGAGUGGCAAGGCGUUGUCGGUGUCGGAAGAAAUCAGCGAGGCAGUGACCAUCGCUGCUGACAGCGCUGCGCAUUGUGGUGUUGCGGCUCAAACCUCGCCGUCUGAUCCCAGCAGAUCAUCUGCGAGUGUUGCGUCCCCCCGCAAUGGCAGUGCGUCGGCGGCAGUGACACGGCAAAGGGAAGCAUUGCCAGUUCUUGCCGCUGUUGCCACUCCAGUCUCGUCGUCUGAACACACUAGCCGUCUAAUGAGUGUGGGAGAGUGCUCCUCUCAAGUCUCCUCCACGUCUAGUUAUGGUUGCACUAUGGAUAUGUGCAGCGAUUCUGUCGAUGACAGCUUUCAUUCGACUGUGGAGAGUCUUCCAGCGGAUAAUGAGGAUUUGUGUGCGUCACCCUUUCUACUGUCGAACAAUUGUCCGAUCGGUUCGAGCGGCAGCUGUAGCAGUGGAUAUAGCUCUAGCCUGUCACAUGCCAAUGAUAUUGCAUCUCCGUUUGGUGUGAGGGUGACUGCCUCAACUGGCGAUGCCUCCUCGCCGCCGCUAGGAAAGGCCAAUGGCACUGACGGUAACAAUAGAAGCAGCAGCGCAACACCAAAACCCAGCUCCGCUGCAAUGGAGUCGUACCUUGACAACUUUGAUAACCUAACGGUGAAGAUUGCGGAUUUGGGGAAUGCGUGCUGGGUGCAUGAGCACUUCAGCGAUGGCAUUCAGACGAGACAGUACCGAUGUCCCGAGGUCUUGCUCGGCACUGGCUAUGGCACAACCGCAGACGUGUGGAGUGUGGCUUGCAUGACGUUUGAACUGGCCACUGGCGACUACCUGUUUGAGCCGCAUUCCAGCGAGACUUACAGCCGCGAUGAAGAUCACAUUGCGAAUAUCAUUGAACUUCUCGGCGAUCCGGCCAAGAGGCAUCUAGCGGAGAUGUCCAAGACCGGCCAGUACGCUGCUGACAUCUUUGACGGCUCAGGUCAUCUUCGACACAUCCGCGAAGCAGACCUCCGGUACUGGCCAAUUGAUGACGUACUUGUGAGAAAAUAUAGCUGGAACGCGUCCGAUGCGCGGAAGAUGAAGGACUUCCUCAUGCCUAUGCUGGAUGUGCGGCCAGAGCACCGUGUGUCAGCUGCUGAAGCUGCGCGCCACGAAUGGCUCAACGUGUAAACAGCACCUUGCUGUUGCUGCUGCUGCUGCUGCUGCUGAAAUGACUGGUCAGGGUUGCCUCCGCAGACUUUCCUCCCAGCACACCCUGAUACGUCCGUCCUCCUAGGACCUAGCUCAGCCCUAGCGUGUCUCUGUGCUACGCAUGCAGAGUGGUCCACCUUCACGCAGCGUCACACACCCUUUCUCUCCAGUUUGUCCCUACAAACACGUUUUUCUUCCAGGGUGCGACACGUUUUACGGUAGAAGUAUUAGUAGUAGCAUUGUUAAUAGUACCGGCAAUAGAACUACUGAUAGCGGUAGUUUCAGCGCUGCCAUUCGAAUCAGUAGCUCGAGAUGAUGGACAACAGCAAUGUUUCCAAUGUGAUGUGUAGUGGGACACAGUGGAUAGAGCAUACCUGCUGGUUACAAGUUGGAUUUCCUUCUUCUUCCUUUUUUAAGUACUGGUGCAUCAGAAUCGUGGCUUCCCUGGUGCCUUUUUCACUAUUCCGAAUAGAAUGCAUGGGGCGUGGGCAGAGUAGUGCGGUGGUUACCCCGUGCCUCGUCACUUGUAUGUGCUGAUGGCGAUGAUGUCAAUGAUGCCGUGCUUCGUCCACUUCCUCUCUUGACUUGGCCGUGUCAGAUAUAUCUUCACGCUAGUGAACUGUUCAUGUGUUUGUCGUACUCGCAGACCUAUUUUUAAUCCCCAGUCUUAAAAACUUAUUCCACCCGUGUUCUAUUUCAACAUUCCUGAGGGAAAUGCCCUGCAUUUGUUGCAAGAGGAUCUGUGAACCAUCGUGGCUAUUUUUUUUAAUGAACUUGGCUAAGAAAAGAGCAAUGAGCAGAUUUCGAGUUUAUUUUAUCCCCACUUGUGCACGUUUUUUUAAUGAAAUUCCUUUUCUUUCCGUUGAUAACCCUUGUUCGUGUAUCUACGUGUGUGUGUGUGUGUGUGUGUAUUUGUGUGUGUGUGUGUCACCAGCUUAGUUUUGCGUGUCCCAUUCAUCUUCGUAGUAGUUAUUGCCUAUCUGCGUAGGCAGGGUUUGCGCUGACCUACUCUGCCAUAUCAGCUCAUCCCUCUUUCUUGUUCCUAGCUUUACCAUUAUGUUUGAAACUACAGUGUUGUUGUCUGUAGUGAAUGUUCAGGUAUCUACAUGUAGUUAGUACAGUCCUGUAUCCCCGUUGCUCUGCCUGAUCACGAACCUUGCCUCCAUCCGCUGGCAUGUUGAUACCAGCGCUUGCUGUGGACGAGAACCGCUAUCUUGAUGACCUAUCUGCGCGUGUGUGUGUGUGUGUGUGUGUGUGUGUGUGUGUGUGUGUUUGUUCCCUUUCGCCUCAUGCUGUUAUUUAUGCUCCAAGCUCAUCUCUGCGGUAAUGUUGUUCACUAUGGACCUCAGGCUAUUAUGUCACCCCUGCCCACGUUCAGCUCAGUAGCGCUUAUGGUUUUGUCACUGACACUUGCAGUUCUAUCCUGUUCGACCCUCUCUCAAAGUGUGUGUGUGUGUGUUUCACAGCCAAUGUGUUGUGUUCUAACUGUUAUGCUAUGCUGUACUACUGGAAGUGUGCAGAAACUUCUUCCAUUUUA